AUGAAGAAAGACGAUUUAAUAUUGACAAUAGAGUCAGAUGAAGAGGAAAAUGUUUUGGAUACUGAUGAAGAAGAUAAAGAUUUAAAUCCAGAGUUUAAUUUUAAAUUGGAUGACGAAGAAGAAGAGAUUGAUGUAUGGAAUGACGAAUUGGAUAAAGAAAAAGAAUCAAAUUUGAAAAAGGCAGUCGAUUUAGAUCAAAUUAUUAAAGAUAAAGGUGGGUUACAGGAAAGUGAAGAUGAAGAUGAGUUGGCGAUGGAUGGUUUUGGAAUGGGUGUAGAAGAAGAAGAAGAAGAAGAAGAAGAGGGAAAGAAUAAUGAAGAAAAAGAUGAUAAUGAUAGACCUGUAGAAGAUGACAUGGAUGAAGAGCAACCAGACUCAGAAUCAGAUGAUGAAGAAGCUAUUAAUGAUUUUUAUGAAUCAACUGAAACUGCAGAAACCACAACUACUAAUAAAACAUUUGAAUCAUUAAAUAUAUCGAGACCAUUAUUAAAGGCUUUACAUAAAUUAAACUUUACUAAACCUACACCAAUUCAAUCCUCAACUAUUCCAAUAGCAUUGUUAGGUAAAGAUAUUGUUGGUGGUGCACAAACCGGUUCUGGUAAAACAGCUGCAUAUUUAUUACCAAUAUUGGAAAGAUUAAUUUAUAAACCAUCCACCUCAACUAAAGUAAUUAUUUUAACACCAACAAGAGAAUUAGCAAUUCAAGUUUAUGAAGUUGGUAAAAAACUUGGUCAAUUUGUGAAUAAUUUGAGUUUUGGUUUAGCCGUUGGUGGUUUAAAUCUUAGACAACAAGAACAACAAUUAAAAAGUAGACCAGAUAUUGUUAUUGCGACUCCAGGUAGAUUAAUUGAUCAUAUAAGGAAUUCACCAAGCUUUUCAGUUGAAGAUAUUCAAGUGUUGGUAAUUGAUGAAGCUGAUAGAAUGUUGGAAGAAGGUUUUCAAGAAGAAUUAACUGAAAUAUUACAAUUGAUACCAAAAUUCAAAAGACAAACAUUAUUAUUUUCAGCUACUAUGAAUACAAAAAUUCAAGAUUUAAUUCAAUUAUCAUUGCAAAAGCCCGUGAGAAUAAUGAUCGAUGCACCUAAAACAGUUGCAACUAAAUUACAACAACAAUUCGUAAGAAUAAGAAAAAGAGAAGAUUUAAAACCAGCUUUAUUAUAUCAAAUAUUGAAAAAAUUAUCAUCAUCUGGUAAAAUAGUUGUGUUCGUAGCGAGAAAAGAAGCAGCUCACAAAUUAAGAAUUAUAAUGGGUUUAUUAGGUAUCAAAAUAUCAGAAUUACAUGGUGGUUUAGCUCAAGAACAGCGUUUAAAAAAUGUUUCAGAUUUUAAAUCAAACAAAUCAAAUGUACUUGUAUGUACGGAUUUAGCUGCAAGAGGUUUAGAUAUAAAAAUAGAAUUUGUCAUAAAUCAUGAUAUGCCCAAAAAUUUUGAUAUUUAUCUACAUAGAGUUGGGAGAACAGCUAGAGCUCAAAGAGAAGGUACAAGUAUUUCAUUUGUGAGUGAUAAUCUGGCUGAUCGUGCAAUUGUUAAGGAUGCUAUAAAGAAUGGAGGUAAAACUUUGGCUAGGAAUGUAGAUUGGAACGAGAUACAAAAGAUUCAAAAAACUAUAGAGUCAAAACAAGAUUUAAUUGAUGAAGUUAUGUUGGAAGAAAAACAACAAAAAGAGAUUUUAAAUGCUGAAAUGCAAUUACAAAAAGCUAAUAAUAUGCUUACACAUCAGGAUGAAAUUUUAUCAAAACCUAAACGUACAUGGUUUAAAUCUAAUAAUGUGGAUGAAAAGGAUAAGGUUUUAAAACAAUUAACAAAAAAGGGAAAGAAAGUAAAUUCAAAAAAGAGAAAAGCCAAUGAAGAGAAGAAAGAAAGAUCUUAUAAAAAGACUAAAAAAGAUCGAAGCAAGAAAAGGUAA